AUGCCUUUAGCACAUAAUUUGAACAAAGUGACAAAGAAUUUGUCCAAGUCUACGGGGCAGAUGCACGUAAAGGGGCGUAAAUUCAAGCAAUUGAAUCGUGCUACUUUGAGGGAUCAGAAAAUUACUACUAAAAAAUUGAAGUACCAGGAACAGAAAGAUAGGGAGCUUGCAGGGAUCCAAUUUAUGAAGGAUCGUGUAUAUGAAUAUCUGGAUCAGGAGGUAUUUCUGUUGGAGCAAAUGAAGUCGUUUAUUGAGGACUACAUAGGAAGAAAUGAUGAAGAAUUGAAGCAAUUGAAAGACGAAAGAAGACCAGGAAGACCUGCCACGAGCCGUCAACUGCACUUAGAGGUUGUGAUUGGUGAUGAAAAACAGGUGUAUUCAACGGGUUUCAAGAUACCUGAUUUGAGUAAUAAGGAAACCGUCGAGAGGGUGAAGCUUUGGAAUGGAACAAGCGGUGGAACUACGGUGAUGAAAUUUAUACAUGUUUCUAAAGACAUGAAGGAGCUUCCAGUUAAGGAAGAAGUCAUGAAGGAUAAUUGA